AUGUUGACGCUGCGCCGGAUGCUAGGAAGCGCAGGUGCGCACUCGGCGGCCGCGCAGCAGUGCCUCUCGCCCCAUCUGGGCCAGCGCUACAGCACCGCGGCGAAGCAACAGGUAGCCUUCUCUCACCUAGUGUAGUUUAAACCAUUUCUGUUUUCUAGACUAGGCUACAACUGCCUAGGUCUCCAUCUAGCCUAUUAUCGUUACAUAAAUUAUUCUGUGUGUUUAUCUGGGUUGCUAGGAGAAUCCAAAGAAGACUAAAUUUGGUCCCUUGAGUGAUCAGGACCGGAUUUUCACAAACUUGUAUGGCCGUCAUGACUGGAGGUAGUAACAUCCCAACAUAACAUCACUGUGCACAUACACACUCUGGAUACCAUCAAAUCUAUGCACAUACAGUACUCUUGCCCCCUUCUUAACCAUCCAUAAAGUGUCCUCCUCUCCUUGUCCCCUUCCCUUAACCUACCCGAGAAUACAUGAUAUCUGAAAACAACACAUACACCAAGUACAUAGGAAGUAUUAGGGGAUAGUGGCCUAUUUAAAAACACCAUCUAUAUUUCCCAUUGUGUCCCCAGCCUGAAGGGUGCUCUGCGUCGGGGUGACUGGUAUAAGACUAAAGAGAUCCUCCUGAAGGGGACAGACUGGAUCCUGAACGAGGUCAAGGUGUCUGGUCUGAGAGGGAGAGGAGGAGCUGGCUUCCCCACCGGCAUGAAGUGGGGCUUCAUGAACAAACCCAGUGACGGCAGGUAAGAAAGAGAGCGAGAGAGAGAGAAAGUAUGUGUGUGUGUAGGUAGCGGCAGGUAGCUUAGUGGUUAAGAGCGUAGUGCCAGUAACCGAAAGGUCGCUGGUUCUAAUCCCCGAGCCGACUAGGUGAAAAAUCUGUUGAUGUGCCCUUGGGCAAGGCACUUAACCCUAAUUGCUCCUGUAAGUCGCUCUGAAUAAGAGCGUCUGCUAAAUGACUAAAAUGUAAAUGUGUGGCAGUCGGUGCCAUUUUUUUAUAAGCAUGGCCUUAUUUCUAUUACAGCAUAUUGGAUGACUGUCAUUUAUAUUCCAUUCACAUUUUAGUCAUUUAGCAGACACUCUUAUCCAGAGCAACUUACAGUUAGUGAGUGCAUAAAUUUUCAUACUGGCCCCCUUUGGGAAACGAACCCACAACCCUGGCGUCGCAAGCGCCAUGCUCUACCAACUGAGCUACAGGGGACUCACCCAGCUCAAUGUAACAUCAAUAGAUUUAGGCUACUACAUUAUACUCAAGUUUUCCCUAUACCCAUCAUGAGGUUGCUACAACCUAGCCUAUGAAUGAAAGUUUACCAUGUACGCUAGGUGCACAGGUCGAGAGAAAUUUGAGUAAUCAAGGUGACAGACAUUGAUACAUUCAAUACCGCCUUGUACACUCUAGCCUGUUCCGUUUGCGUCCGUUUAAUAAACGUUUUCAACAGAAUCGGCGGAAUGAAUACAAAUCAAAUCAAAUCAAAUGUUAUUUUUCACAUACACAUGUUUAGCAUAUGUUGGGUGUAGCGAAAUGCUUGUGCUUCUAGCUCCGACAGUGCAGUAAUAUCUAACAAUUUCACAACAUAUACCCAAUACACACAAAAAAAGUAAGGAAUGGGAUUUAAGAAUAUAUACAUAUAUGGACAAGCAAUGACAGAGCGGCAUGGACUAAGAUACAGAAGAAUAUUAUAGAAUAGAAUGCAGGAUAUACAUUUGAGAUGAGUAGUGCAAGAUAUGUAAACAUUAUUAAAGUGACUAGUGUUCCAUUUCUUAAAGUGGCCAGUGAUUUCAAUAGGCAGCAGCAGCCUCUAAUGUGCUAGUGAUGGCUAUUUAACAGUCUGAUGGCCUUGAGAUAGAAGCUGUUUUUCAUUCUCUCGGUCCCAGCUUUGAUGCACCUGUACUGACCUCGCCUUCUGGAUGAUAGCGGGGUGAACAGGCAGUGGCUCGGGUGGUUGAUGUCCUUGAUGAUCUUUUUGGCCUUCCUGUGACAUCGGGUGCUGUAUGUGUCUUGGAGGGCGGGUAGUUUGCCCCCGGUAAUGCGUUCGGCAGACCGCACCACCCUCUGGAGAGCCCUGCGGUUGUGGGUGGUGCAGUUGCCGUACCAGGCGGUGAUACAGCCCGACAGGAUGCUCUCAAUUGUGCAUCUGUAAAAGUUGGUGAGGGUUUUAGGUGAUAAGCCAAAUUUCUUCAGCCUCCUGAAGUUGAAGAGGCUCUGUUGCGCCUUCUUUACCACACUGUCUGCGUGGGUGGACCAUUUCAGUUUGUCGGUGAUGUGGAUAGGGGGGUGCACCCUCUGCUGUUUCCUGAAGUCCACGAUCAUCUCCUUUGUUUUGUUAAUGUUGAGUGAGAGGUUAUUUGCCUGGCACCACACUCCCAGAGCCCUCAUCUCCUCCCUGUAGGCAGUCUCGUCAUUGUUGGUAAUCAAGCCUACUACUGUUGUGUCGUCUGCAAACUUGAUGAUUGAGUUGGAGGCGUGCUUGGCCACGCAGUCAUGGGUGAACAGGGAGUACAGGAGGGGGCUGAGCACGCACCCUUGUGGGGCCCCAGUGUUGAGGAUCAGUGAAGUGGAGAUGUUGUUUCCUACCUUCACCACCUGGGGGCGGCCCGUCAGGUAGUCCAGGACCCAGUUGCACAGGGCGGGGUUCAGACCCAGGGCCUAGAGCUUAAUGAUGAGCUUGGAGGGUACUAUGGUGUUGAAUGCUGAGCUAUAGUCAAUGAGCAGCAUUCUUACAUAGGUAAUCCUCUUGUCCAGAUGGGAUAGGGCAGUGUGCAGUGUGAUGGCAAUUGCAUCAUCUGUGGAUCUAUUGGGGCGGUAAGCAAAUUGAAUACACCCCUGAUCACACGCAAACACAGUUCACUUUCAUAGCAGCAGCAUACAGUACCAGUCAAAAGUUUGGACACACCUACUCAUUCCAGGGUUUUUCUUUAUUUUUACUAUUUUCUACAUUGUAAAAUAAUAGUGAAGACAUCAAAACUAUGAAAUAACACAUAUGGAAUCAUGUAGUAACCAAAAAAGUGUUAAACAAAUCAAAAUAUAUUUUAUAUUUGAGAUUCUUCAAAGUAGCCACCCUUUGCCUUGAUGAAAGCUUUGCAAACUCUUGGCAUUCUCUCAACCAGCUUGAUGAUGUAGUCACCUGGAAUGAAUUUCAAUUAACAGGUGUGCCUUCUUAAAAGUUAAUUUGAGUCAAAUUUGAGAUUUUUGGUUAAAACCGCCGUGUCUUUGUGAGACGCAGAGUAGGUGAACGGAUGAUCUCUGCAUGUGUGGUUCCCACCAUGAAGCAUGGAGGAGGAGGUGUGAUGCUGUGGGGGUGCUUUGCUGGUGACACUGUUGGUGAUUUAUUUAGAAUUCAAGGCAGGUCAGCAUGGCAACCAGCAUGGCUACCACAGCAUUCUGCAGCGAUACCCCAUCCCACCUGUUUGCGCUCCAGGCUGUGUAAGGGCUAUUUGACCAAGAAGGAGAGUGAUGGAGUGCUGCAUCAGAUGACCUGGCCUCCACAAUCACCCAACCUCAACCCAAUUGAGAUGGUUUGGGAUGAGUUGGACCGCAGAGUGAAGGAAAAGCAGCCAACAAGUGCUCAGCAUAUGUGGGAACUCCUUCAAGACUGUUGGAAAAGUAUUCCAGGUGAAGCUGGUUGAGAGAAUGCCAAAAGUGCAAAGCUGUCAUCAAGGCAAAGGGUGGCUACUUUGAAGAAUCUAAAAUAUUACAUCUAUUUUGAUUUGUUUAAGACUUUUUUGGCUACUGCAUGAUUCCAUAUGUGUUAUUUCAUAGUUUUGAUGUCUUCACUAUUAUUCUACAAUGUAGAAAAUAGUAAAAAUAAAGAAAAACCCUGGAAUGAGUAGGUGUGGCCAAAUUUUUGACUGGUACUGUACAUACACCAUGAUCCCUUUGAUCGUUGGAUAAUUUCUUCUCGCAUCUACAUGCUCUCCUCCUCUCACCUUUUCACUUCGCUUGUGGACUCCAGUGCACAACACAUCAGCUGUCUGUAACCAGGCGAAAAAACCUUUCCAAGCCAAACCUUCAUAUCAUAACCGCUAACCGCAACACACAGCCUACAUCGUUGUCACCAUAUUAUAAUGAAAUAGUCAACAUAGCUACUAGAACUAACGUGUUAGUAAACCCUGCUACAAUCAUGCAAUACAGUGUACAAUCAGCAAGGAGUUUAGUAGUUACACCGGCGGGCCCCGGAGGCAAUAAAUUAAUACAACCAAAAGCUUACCUUGACUUGGAAGAGUUCCAGUGUUGGAUAGCCAUAGUCAGCUAGCUAACAUAGCAUACCUCUCUGAGCCGGGUGUUUGAGUAGGCUAAACUAGCUAGCUGCAGUGAAAGUGAAAAAAAUACUAAAUAUAACUAGCUCUCUCUCUCUCUUGCUUCUCCUUCACUUUUGAAUACAUUUAUUUGUUCAAAACUGUUCAACUAUUGUCUUUCUCUCUCUUUGAGUGAACUACUCACCACAUUUUAUGCACUUCAGUGCUAGCUAGCUGUAGCUUAUGCUUUCAGUACUAGAUUCAUUCUCUGAUCCUUUGAUUGGGUGGACAACAUGUCAGUUCAUGCUGCAAGAGCUCUUAUAGGUUGGAGGACAUCCUCUGGAUGUUGUCAUAAUUACUGUGUAAGUCUAUGGAUAAGAGCGUCUGCUAAAUGAUGUAAAUGUAAAUGUCUAUGGAAGGGGGUGAGAACCACGAGCAUCCUAGGUUUUGUAUUGAGUCAAUGUACCCAGAGGAGGACGGAAGCUAGCUGUCCUCCGGCUACACCAUGGUGCUACCCUACAGAGUGCUGUUGAGGCUACUGUAGACCUUCAUUGCAAAACAGUGUGUUUUAAUCAAUUAUUUGUUGACGUGAAUAUAUUUAGUAUAGUUUUAUCUAAAAAGGAUCACUUUUGAAAUGUUUCACUAUUUAAAUGUUUCUGAAAUUCACGGAGGAGGAUGGUCCUCCCCUUCCUCCUCAGAGGAGCCUCCACUGGUGUAUAACAUACAGUAUCUGUGUCUGUAUCUCAGGCCUAAGUACCUGGUAGUGAAUGCAGAUGAAGGAGAGCCAGGGACGUGUAAGGACAGAGAGAUUAUGCGUCACGACCCUCACAAGCUGGUGGAGGGCUGCCUGGUGGCUGGGAGGGCCAUGGGAGCCCGCGCCGCUUACAUCUACAUCAGAGGAGAGUUCUACAAUGAGUCCUCCAAUACACAGGUCAGAGUUCCAUAACGAGUCCUCCAAUGCACAGGUCAGAGUUCUAUAACGAGUCCUCCAAUGCACAGGUCAGAGUUCUACAACAAGUCCUCCAAUACACAGGUCAGAGUUCUACAACGAGUCCUCCAAUACACAGGUCAGAGUUCUACAACGAGUCCUCCAAUUCACAGGUCAGAGUUCUACAACGAUUCCUCCAAUUCACAGGUCAGAGUUCUACAACGAGUCCUCCAAUUCACAGGUCAGAGUUCUACAACGAGUCCUCCAAUACACAGGUCAGACUACCUGCUCAGGCUGGUUAGAGUCAUGUCCUCUCCUGUCUCCUCCACACACGAGCACACACACACUUACAGUAUGUCCUGUCCUGUCCACCAGGUGGCGAUAAACGAGGCGUAUGUAGCAGGGUUGAUAGGCAAGAACGCGUGUGGCUCUGGGUACGACUUUGAUGUGUUUGUGAUGCGGGGAGCAGGAGCCUACAUCUGUGGGGAGGAGACGGCCCUCAUCGAGUCCCUGGAGGGCAAGCAGGGGAAACCCCGACUCAAACCACCCUUCCCCGCUGACAUAGGUGAGGAAAUUACCUACCACCUUUGACCUUGAUCUUUGACCCCUUUCUCCUGUCACUCCUUUCUAACUUACCUGCUAACAUAGGUAAACACCUACCACCUUUGGAUUUACCUCCUUCUUGCCAAAAAAGAAACAACCAAAAGAAUGAUAAUAUGGUCUACCAAAACCCUAACAGAAAAAUGUGUAGUUUCAUGUUAUCACAGGUUGCUUUACAUGUUGUCACAUGUUAUCACAUUAACUUCACAUGUGAUCACAUAAAAACAUGAAUGUGGUUCAUGUGGUUUUUUUCCAUAAGGGAACUGUACAUUGCAUUUCUGACAGUUCAAUUGUUUUCUGUAGAUUAUACUGUGAAAAUAAAUGCUCUUCUUAUUGAUUUUCUCUCAAUGUACCACAUUGUCUUUGGGUCUCCAGGGGUGUUCGGAUGCCCAACAACGGUUGCUAACGUGGAGACGGUUGCCGUGGCGCCUGCUAUCUGUCGUCGAGGUGGAGCGUGGUUUGCAAGCUUUGGGAGAGAGAGGAAUGCUGGGACAAAGCUGUUCAACAUCUCUGGUCAUGUGAACACUCCAUGCACAGUAGAGGAAGAGAUGUCCAUUCCUCUCAGAGAACUCAUAGAGAGACACGCAGGUGUGUGUGCGUCUGUGUGUGUUCGUGCAAGUGUUAAUGUGACAAGUUUUCUAGUACUGCCUGUAUUUGUGUUACUGUGUGUGUAUGCCAGAGUGGGUAUAUUAUUGGUGCUGCUGAUAUUUGUGCGCCUGACACUCCCUUCCCCUCGACUCUGAUUGGUUCAGGAGGUGUGAGGGGCGGCUGGGACAACCUACUGGGAGUGAUCCCUGGAGGCUCCUCCACACCCAUUAUCCCUCGCUCUGUGUGUGAUGAUGUCAUGAUGGAUUUUGAUGACCUCGUCCGCGCAGAGUCCGCUCUGGGCACUGCCGCCAUCAUCGUCAUGGACAAAUCUGUAAACAUGCACUCACGCACACACUAUUUACUUUAUAUUGAUGAACAUUGUUUUAUAAGAACAAAUCAAAUUGUGAAGAAUAUGUGUGUACUCCAUUCUCCCAGACUGACGUAAUCAGAGCCAUCGCCCGUCUGGUUGAGUUCUAUAAACAUGAGAGCUGUGGCCAGUGCACCCCCUGUAGGGAAGGUAAGGUACUACAUGCUCUGUUUUUUACAUUUUAGUCAUUAAGCAGAUGCUCUUAUCCAGAGCAAUUAGGGUUAAGUGCCUUGCUCAAUGGCACAUCUGCAGAUUCUUCACCUAGUCUGCUCGGGGAUUCGAACCAGCGCCCUUAACCGCUAGGCUACCUGCCACCCUAUAUUAUUUUGAUAAUAUAAUGUCCACAGGUUUUGCUACUAUAUAGCUUAUUGCUCAAACAUAAAACCCCAUCUCACUUCUGAUAAUUUGAUAUCUGUGUGGCACAAAGAAAACCAGGUAACUGGGUGGUUAGUUGAUCUCUCUGUCCCUCGCCCUAUCUCUCUCUCUCCCCCCCACCAGGAGUGGACUGGAUGGAUAAGAUGAUGUGGCGGUUUGUGCGUGGUGACGCGGCCAACUCAGAGAUUGAUAUGAUCUGGGAGCUGAGUAAACAGAUUGAGGGCCAUACCAUCUGUGCCCUGGGGGACGGGGCCGCAUGGCCUGUACAGGUGAGACUACUGGGGUCAGAGGUUAGACAGGUACAGGUGAGACUACUGGGGUCAGAGGUUAGACAGGUACAGGUGAGACUACUGGGGUCAGAGGUUAGACAGGUACAGGUGAGACUACUACGGUCAGAGGUUAGACAGGAACAGGUGAGACUAAUGGGGUCAAAGGUUGAUACAGGAACAGGUGAGACUACUGGGGUUAAAGGUUGAUACAGGUACAAGUGAGACUACUGGGGUCAAAGGUUGAUACAGGAACAGGUGAGACUACUGAGGUCAAUGGUUGAUACAGGUUGUUAGAGUGGGGUGAAGAGUUAGAUGAGAACGGAUGUGGAGAUACUAGUGAAGUAACAUCCUGACCCCCACCUCCUUCUCUUCCUUCACUCCAACCUUCUCUUCCACUUUAGGGUCUGGUCCGGCACUUCCGUCCGGUCAUGGAGAGCCGCAUCUCUGAGUACCACAAGAAGAACCCUGCCAGGGAGGCUGACAUUGAGAUGAUCUGA